AUGAAUAAUAUCAAACGUUCUAACAAGUCCGAAAUCGAGAAAAUUUUUGUGGAGUUAUGCCAUGUGGAAAAGGAAAAUCGAGAUAAAGGGAUUGAUAUACUUUAUGAUUAUAUAACUAAGAAUAGGAAAUGUUUAAAUGAACAUAAGAUAACAUAUAUAUGUAAAGGUUUAUUUUAUUAUUAUUGGUUAUGUUAUUCAAUGGAAGAACAGAAGAAGUGUUCUUUGAAAAUAUGUAGAUUAAUUCAUAAAUUUAAUAAUAAGAAUAAUAAAAAGAAAAAGAAUGUUUUUCUUUUUGUACAAUGUUUUUUACAAGUUAUGUCAAAUAAGUAUGAUAAUUUAGAUAUUCAUCGAUUAAAUAAAUAUUUAUUUUUAUUUAGAGUGUUCCAAGCAGAAAUAUUAAUGUUUUUUCAUAUGAAUGCUUGGAAUAAUUUGUAUCUAAAAAAAUAUAAUAAGAUAUUUUUACAAUAUUUUGAUGAUACAAGUGAACUAUAUUAUAAUUAUAUUGAUACAUUUAUAAAAGAAUUUUUGGGAAAUGAAUAUUUUUUAAAAUCCAAAAAACAAGAACAACCAAACUAUAAUACAAAACAAUUCUUAUUAUUGAUUGAUCCUUUCUUUAAAAUUAUUUGUAUGACAGAUCAAAAAUAUGUUAUGGAUCUUAUUAACAAAAAAGUUUUUUUUUUUAUCAAAAAAAUGAAACAUAUUAAAAAAAAAUUAUUAAAAAAAAAAAUUAUGAAAUAUAUACAUAAAUGUAAAGUAAAAUAUGGAUUAAAAAUUCUCAAAAAGUUUUAUGAUGUAAUUAAUUCGUCUUCUUCAAAAAAAAAUAAAAAGGAAAAGGAAAAAGGAAAAGGAAAAGAAAAAGAGAAAAAAGUUCCAAUCUUUUUGGAAAAUUUCCAAACAGCAUUUUUUCAUACUACAGAUGAAUCAAAUACUAUGGCUACUCCCUCCCAGCUAAUGGAACAUGGUAACAUUAAAAAUAUAGACGAACAAAAUGAAAUACAUUUAUUAAACCAUAUAAAUGUACUUAAUAAUGAUAAAAAAUUGUUAAAAAAUGAAGAUGUGUUAACAAAUAAUGAUAAAGUCAACUUUUCUAAUGAUGCCCAACUUAAUAAUGAAUGUGUAAAAGAUGAUGAAAUUCAAAAUAAAAAAAAAAAAAAAAAAAAGGAGAUCACCCUUUUGGAUAUAUUAACCAAAGGAGGGAAAAAAAGAAAAGCGAGUCAUGACCAAUUUGUUUUGCAAAAAAAAAAUAAAAAUGGAAAUGGAAAUGAAAAUGGAAAUGAAAAUGGAAAUGAAAAUGGAAAUGGAAAUGGAAAUGAAAAUGGAAAUGAAAAUGGAAAUGAAAAUGAAAAUGAAAAUGGAAAUGAAAAUGGAAAUGGAAAUGAAAAACAUUUAAUAAAUGGUACAUUAAACGAGAGUGAUGAUAAGGAUGAAGAAGAUGAUGAUGAAGAAGAUGAUGAUGAAGAAGAUGAUGAUGAAGAAGAUGAUGAUGAAGAUGAUGAAGAAGAUGAUAAUGAUGAUGAUAAUAAUAACAAUAAUGAUAAUAAUAAUAACAAUAAUGAUAAUAAUAAUAACAAUAAUGAUAAUAAUAAUAACAAUUAUGAUGAUAAUAAUAAUAACAAUUAUGAUGAUAAUAAUAAUAACAAUAAUGAUGGUAAUAAUAACAAUAAUGAUGAUAAUAAUAACAAUAAUGAUAAUAAUAAUAACGAUGGUGUUAAUACAUGUACUAGCCAAUUGCUGAUCGGAGAAAUGGAAAAGAAUGCCGAAAAAAAAAAGAAAAAUAUAAAUAAAAAAAUUUGCAUUUUUGAAAAAAGACAUGAUGAUGAACAUAAUUUUAGUGCGAUAAAUAAUAUGCAAAAAAGGUCUAAUGAAAAUAAUAAUAAUCAUGCUGUUUUAAAAAAUGAUCAAGAAAAAAUACCAUUGUAUUUUACGAAUGGUUCAUUAAAUUCGUCUCAUGUAGAAAAUUCCUUAAAAGAAGAUGAAAAAAAUAUAAAUGAAAGAAAAAACAAAAAGAAAAAAAAAAAAACAAAAAAUGUAUAUAUCGAAAGUAAUAAUGAAUAUAAACAAAACGAUGAAAAGGUGGAAAACAUUUCAUCGGAAUUUAUAAAAAAUGAAGAAACACAAGAAAUUAAUGGAAAGGCAAACUUAAUAAAUGAAAAAAAGAAAAAUGUUAUAAAUAAUGAAAAAAAUGUGCUUCUUACACUGAACACUUUUGAUAUAAAGAAAAAAAAUAAAGACACAAUCAUAUUAUCAAAAAAAAAACAAAAAAUAAAUAAAGAAAAUAAGAAAAAAUUAUUGCAAAAUAAACUAAAACAAAAAAAAAAAAAACAUCAUAAUGUAGGAAAAAAUUCCGUAAAAGAUAUAUGUGAAAAAAAUAGUGUUGUAAGGAAAACCAUUUUAAAAAAAGGUAAAUCAAAAUCUACUGUAACAAAAAAAGUACAUUUCAAUUUAAAGAGGAAUACAAUUGAAUACAUUCCACGUAAUAAAAGGAAAAAUAUUAAUUCAUACCUACUUAUGAAUAAUUUUAGAAAUUUUUUAAAUAUACCUUCAUUUGUAUAA